AUGAUUCUAAAAGCCGUUGACCAGAAGCCGGACAUUACCAUCGAUGAACUGCGAAAAGUCCUCAAAAGCUUCGAAACACGAAUGGAAGACGUGAACCUGGGAAACUCACAUGAUCCUAGCACCUCAUACGAAGUCAACGAGCUACAAAAGUACCACCGUCGGCCGAAAUACACUCCCCGCGGAAAGACGGUUCACAGGAACAAAAACCAGACAGCAAAGUCUGCGGGAGACUACACAUGUUACAAAUGCAACGGACCCCAUCUGGCAACUUCGUGUCAGAAGACGAACCUAUGUUGUGCCUUCUGUAAGAAACAAGGACACAACGAAGCUGCAUGCCUCAAGAAGAAGGCCAGACAAUUCAACAACAUUGUGAUCAAUAAUGUUGGCUCUGGAGACAGUCGAGAAUACGUUACAGUGGGAAUAAACGCAAAAGUGAUGGAAUUCAGAAUCGACAGUGGCGCCGAUAUGUCAAUAAUUGGCCCCGAAAAGUGGAAGGCACUAAACAGACCUCCACUUACACCAUUCCACAUAACUUGCUCAUCCGUCGAUGGUUCUCCCCUCACUGUAAAAGGAAGUUUCAAGGCAAACCUGAAGUAUAAUGGUCAUUCAUAUACAGAUACCAUCCUAGUCCUUGCAAAGAAAGACACCGCACUACUCUGCGGAAAAGCCUCAAAGGAACUUGGAGUAAUUACAUUCCACAACAAAGAAGAGGCAAAUAUCAACAUCGUCGACUCCUACGCCCAGACGAUGGCGGUCCAGUACACGGACUUAUUCAAGGAAGAAUUGGGGAAAUGCACGAAAAUGCAAGUACAUCUCCAAGUCAAACCCAAUGUCAACCCCGUCCACAAACGCGCAAGACCUGUGGCUAUUGCCGUUCAAGACCAAGUAAAUACAGAACUUGAUCGACUGCUGGACAAUGGAACUCUGAAGAAAGUAGAUACAUCAGAAUGGGCAUCUCCAAUCGUGGUCGCAAAAAAACCUGGAGGCAAAAUCCGCCUAUGUGCCGACUAUUCCACCGGCCUCAACGACGCCCUGGCAGACAUUGAACACCCCCUCCCAAAUAUGGAGGAGAUUUUGUCCAAAUUCACGGGCAAUACGGUCUUCACUCAAUUAGAUCUGUCUGACGCUUAUCUUCAACUUCCACUCGAUGAAGAAAGCCAACGGUUGACAACAAUCAACACUCAUCGAGGACUGUUCCAAUACACUCGCCUCGUAUUUGGUCUAAAACCGGCUCCCGCCAUAUUUCAACGGACCCUCGAGCAAGCCCUUUCAGGCAUUCCGGGCAUACUGAUCUACCUCGACGACAUACUCGUUAUGGCCCCCAAUCGUCAACUACACGACGAACGAUUACAUCAGGUUCUAUUAAAACUUGAAAACUGGGGAUUCAGACUUCGUCUGACCAAAUGUCAUUUCAAUGUCCCUGAAGUUACAUACCUGGGAAUGAAGAUCACACCAUCUGGAAUACAGGCCGAUCCUACUCGAGUCUCCUCCCUCCAGAAUAUGAGGAUCCCCAAGGAUCAGAAAGAUGUACGAUCCCUCCUUGGACUCAUAAAUUAUUACGGAAAAUUUAUUCGAGAUCUCCACAUUUACAAAGCCCCGCUCGAGCAGCUACUACACAAGGAGAAGAUAUUCAAAUGGACUCCAACACAUACACGUGCCUUUACACAGAUCAAGAAGGUCCUGUCCAGUCCGCUACUCCUGGCACACUACGAUCCCCGCCAACAACUGAUCGUUGCAGCUGACGCCUGCCAAUAUGGGAUCGGGGGAGUCCUAUUACAACGAUACACAGACGGAUCAGAGAAGGCAGUCUUCCACAUUUCGAAGUCCCUGACUCCCUCUCAACAGAACUACAGCCAAAUUGAGAAGGAAGCCUUUGCCCUCGUCACUACAGUGGAGCGGCUACACAAGUUCGUCUGGGGACGAAAAUUUAUACUACAGACGGAUCACAGACCCUUACUCACCCUCCUAAAUCCCUCAAAUACAAAAGGACUGAGUGACCGAACCGCGGCAAGACUCAGGAGAUGGGCGUUACGUCUUAUUGGAUAUGACUUCACCAUAGAGUACAUCAAAACCGAUCAAUUCGGUCAAGCCGAUUGUCUCUCCAGACUGAUCCAAGCAGCUCGAUCAGAUGAGGACCCAGAACUCGAGACGGUCAUCGCCUCCUUCGAAGUCCUGGAAAGGGAAAUCAAUGAAGUCAUCACUGAAAAUUUGAGUACGUACACCACUCAAUCGGAGUUCAUCCAGGCGACGAAAGCCGACCCCCUGUUCCAAACCCUCAUACAACGAAUUUCGAAGGGAUGGAAAACCUCCGACAAAGAUGAUCCGCUGCUAAGACCUUACGUUCUAAUCAAAGAUUCCCUAUCAGAAGUCAAAGGAAUCCUACUCUACGAUGACAGAGUGAUGAUCCCAAAAGCUUACAGGAAAAAGGUUAUCGAAAAAUUACACCAAGCCCACCCAGGAAUUACACGAAUGAAGAAAUUGGCACGAAGCCAUUUCUACUGGCCUCAAAUGGGCAAGGAUAUCGAGAUGGCGGUUAAAGGUUGUCAACAUUGCAUCGACACCGCCAAUACACCCCGCAAAAUCCCACUCCAACCUUGGCCAGAAACCCAAAAACCAUGGUCUAGGAUUCAUCUCGAUUUCGCCGAACCUAAGAAAGGUCAUCAAUUCCUUGUUGUCGUUGACAGUUAUUCCAAACUCCUGGACGCGCACUGGAUGAACCCUGCGGACUCCAAAAAUUUGAUCGCCUACUUACACAUCCUGUUCCGACACUUUGGAGCCCCGGAAACUCUUGUCACAGAUAACGGAGGACAGUUUAUUUCCGAAGAGUUCGCCAAAUUCUGUCAAAACCUCCAGAUCGUCCACCUCAAAAGCGCACCCAGGAUGCCUCAAAGCAAUGGCCACGCUGAAAGACCAGUCCAGACACUGAAGAAAUCGUUGGAAGCCAACAAAUCUUCCCUCGAUACAGCGGUACUUACGUACAAUUACACCCCCAAUGAAGCUCUUGAUGGACGAACCCCCAACGAAGUCUUCUUUGGACGCCAACUCCGUACACCCUUUGAUGUUUUCAAACCAAACUCACCUCACUUCCCAAAUAUGGACAAAUCCGAUGACAUUACACAGCUAAAUCGGUCCCAGAAGAUCAUGAAGAAGAAAUUCGAUAGCCACCAUGGAGCCAGGCCUCGAUUCUUUACAAAGGGAGAGAUGGUGACGAUACAACUCGUUACUGGUAAACGAGUCACUGGGAAACUCAUUCAGUUCUUGGGGAAGACUAUGGCAAAAGUUCAAGUGCAGGACCAAGUACACACUCGCCACUUCAACCAAAUCUGGAAGCGGUUCCCUUACGAGUACGAUACGAUGGUGGAAGAAGAGAAUAAUACACCCCCGGCAAGUUAUUCCUCUAAUCUAUCCCACUAUUUUCCGGUUGUUCCGAACCGAUCUAAUGGACCUGACGCACCUCCUACCGUUGCCCGGCGAAUACAGCCCAGCCGAAACGCCAAGAAGCCCUUGGACUAUCAACAGCUCUCCGGCCGUCGUCAAAAAGCCAAGCAAUGA